ACUUUAUGAAACUCUAAUUAUUCAUGUAAUUAGAGGGUGAGUACAGAGAGCCGGUGGAUCGCUUUGUGUUAUGGAGGGAACAGUCAAAUCAUCUGAAAUGUGAACAAAAGGAGAUGAUUGAUGGUUUCAGGAGGAACAGGGUCAAAGGUCAAACCGUACUUCCAUCAUGGGAGAAGAAGUGGAGGAGGAAGAUAAAAACCUGGAUGUUCAUCUGGACCACAGAGAGGAAGGAAGAGAAAAUCCUUCAGGGAUUGGAUCUGCUGUCAGAACCAUCAGAACCACCAGAACUAUCAGAACCAGGAGCUAAAGAGGCUCAACAGCCUGAUAAAGAAGGCUGGUUCUAGUUCAGUUCUGGUUCAAAGAAUGCAAAGAAGAACUCUUCAUACAAUUGAUGAAGUUCUGGAAGAGCGUCUUCAGUCAGAGGCGUCUUCAGAGUCACUGUAGCACAGACUGCUGCAGGAGACAGCAUCAGCAGCUACAAUAACUGAAGAAUCUGAAUUAAUGAUUCAUUAAAUUAGAUUCACUAAAUUAACAAUUCAAAAAUUUUUUUAUUUUUAAUUAAAAUUGUACUCUCUCUGGAUGACGUCACAGAGAGCUCAAGCCUCGGCUACUCCUCAGGCGGAACCUUUGUUCCUGUCCUCCGUUGCUACCCGGAACAUAAUACAGACGGACAGUUGCUAUGGGCAGCCGACGCUGUGUGGCGGCUCGGGGCUAACCGUUUGCUGCUAACGGAGCUAAAAGCCGUUUCAACGGAGGAAAAACGUCAUGAAAACGUCAUAGUUCGUUUGCUUGAUCGGAUUAGUUACGUCAGCGCUGCGGUACGUCACAUGUGACGUAUGCACGGUGGAAGAUUAGCCGCCAAAACCCGAAGCUCAGCGUUUUAACGGUACGGCAGCCGGGAGGGACCUACAGCAGAACCAUCAGGGUUCUGUUGGACUUUGGGUCUCUGGGAGGAGCUGCAGGUCGCUGAUGGGUCGGAACCGAGCCACUGGGCUCCAGAACAGUCCGUGUCCUUCAUGGCGGUCCAGGAGUCAGCAUGUCGGACCGUGAGCCCGCUGUAGAGGAACCGGGUCCGACCGGUACCGCGACACGGCCCGCUCUGGCGACAAAGGCCCUGUCGGAACCGUUUGGCCGGCUCCGGUACCGGGACACGUCGCUGCUGAUCUGGCAGCAGCAGCAGCUGGAGCUCCGAACCGGACCGCCCGCCUCCUACUUGACCCGGAGCCAGUCCGCCUGGUACAGCAGCUACGGAAACCAGGCGGUACUGGUCCGUAACCGCACGGCCCAGCAGGGUUCCGAGGGCCAAUCCAGGAUUUGCAGCAUCAUGUAGAGCAGACUCAGAGCCCGCUUCGGCCCAAACCAUCAGAACCAGACCGGGGUUGGUCCGACAGAACCGGACAGGUGAUAUACCCGAACCUCAGCUCCCUGACCCGGUUUACAAGUUCUGAUCCGGGUUACAGAGGGUUCUGUGGGUUCAGACUGGGCCUAUGUGGAUCAGCUGGUGAAGACUGACUGGGUUUGGACCGGACCAGAACCUACCGUGACCUCUGACCUUCUGUCUAAUAAAUCCCGUUUCAGCA